AUGCACCACGUCGACCCCGCCUCACUUGACGACCUCCAGAAGCGCGUAGAGUAUCUGCGCAAGUUCAUCGACUUCACGGAAGACGACGCCGCAGCCUUGCAUGCGGCGAAGGACGUUGUCGCGCCUCUGGUACCUGCCAUCGUCGAUGCUGUCUACGUGAAGCUCCUGUCGUUCGACAUCACCGCCAAGUCGUUCGUACCUCGCCAGACAGGCUACACCGGCGAAGCCCCAACGAAGCUUGAAGACCUGAACCCGGAGCACCCGCAGAUCAAGUUCAGGAAGGACUUUCUGGGCAGGUACCUCGUCAAGCUCGUCACGAUGGAUUACUCGAAGCCGGAGACCUGGGAGUACCUCGACAAGGUCGGCCUGAUGCACACUGGCGCUGCUGGGUUCAAGCACCGUAUCAGCAAACCCGCGCUAAGGGUAGAAUAUAUCCACUGCGGUAUCCUGAUGGGAUACGUCGAGGAUAUCCUCGUCAACACCGUGAUUACCCAUCCCACCCUCGACAUCCCCACCAAGAACGCCGUAGCUCGCGCAGCGAACAAGCUCCUGUGGAUACAAAACGACCUCUUCGCGCGCCACUACAUCAAGGACGAGAGUGAAGUCUUCACUCAGUCCACUGACACCGUCACCGUCAAGAAGUCGACGGCAGCUGCUACAGCGCUGGCAUGUCUGGUUCUCGGUGCUGUCUACACCAAGGUAUUCCGGUCCUAA